AUGUCUACAUUAUAUCAAAUUGGUACAGAAACUAAAAACAGAAUUAGUAAAUUUCGUAUCUCUACGGGGAGAGCUGAUUCAAUAAAGGGUCUAUCUAUCAAAAUUGAACCAAAGACAUAUGAAAUUGUAAUUGAUGAAGAUGAACAAGAAGAAUUGGAUGACAUGACUGAAUUAAGCGAAUUGGCUGAAAUAAUGCCAGAUAACUCGCCAAGAUACCUAUUAUUAGCUUACCCAAUGACAAACAAGGACGGAAUCAAACAAACUCCCUUGAUAUUAAUAUACUGGAAACCAAGUACGGUGGUGUCACAGGAAUGGAAAAUGAUGUAUGCUGGUGCUUUAGAAAUGGUAAGAAAUGAAUGUGGUACUUAUAAAUUAGUAGAAGUAUCAUCCGGAUUAGAAGAUGAUGAUGACGUAGAAGAUUUGAUAGAACAAAUAGAGAAAUCUAAUUAA